UCCAGAGCUGACUUGUGAAAUAAGACUCAAGGGCUGUGGUGCACACAUCUGGGGAAGCAGUGGUCCAGACCAGACAGAGUAGGACCUCUGCAGGUUCUGAGCUGGAAUGUAGCCAGAAAGAGUCAGAACCUCCAGAGUCUGCGAGGUGGACAGGGCCUGAGCCCCACCAAACCAGCAACGUAAUUUGGUGAAGUUAAGAUUUCUGGAUGGUGUAAGAAAACAUCAGGAAGGGGAAAUGGCUAAAAAUCUGCAUGGAGACCAGAGAAGUGACACAGAAGUCCAACACCCUCCCAAACUCCCGUCUCAAACCAAUCCAGUGACACAAAAGGACCAGGGAAAGAGCGAACCCUAUCUGGUGGAAGCUUGGGCCUCGGCGCCCGCCGUAGACAUCGUGACGAAGCCGACGCGUUGCCCUGGAGCCCCCAAGACGCCGCAGGGCGAUCACUGCGGACAGCAUCGGCCGGGUACCACGGCCGCCAUGUCUGUGCUGGACGUGUUGUGGGAGGACCGCGACGUGCGCUUCGAUGUGUCCUCGCAGCAGAUGAAAACAAGACCUGGAGAAGUCCUCAUUGAUUGUUUAGAUUCAAUUGAAGACACAAAAGGAAAUAAUGGGGAUAGAGGUAGACUCUUAGUAACAAACUUAAGAAUCAUCUGGCAUUCCUUGGCGUUACCCAGAGUCAAUCUCUCUAUUGGUUACAACUGCAUAUUGAAUAUUACAACAAGAACUGCUAACUCUAAACUUCGAGGCCAGACUGAAGCUCUUUAUAUACUGACAAAAUGUAACACCACCCGAUUUGAAUUUAUUUUCACAAAUCUGGUUCCGGGGAGCCCCAGACUUUUUACUUCUGUGAUCGCAGUGCACAGAGCAUAUGAAACUUCUAAAAUGUACCGGGAUUUUAAACUGAGAAGUGCAGUCAUUCAGAACAAGCAGCUGAGGUUAUUGCCACAAGAACAUGUGUAUGAUAAGAUCAAUGGCGUAUGGAAUUUAUCCAGCGACCAGGGAAAUUUAGGAACUUUUUUUAUUACCAAUGUGAGAAUUGUGUGGCAUGCAAACAUGAACGACAGCUUUAAUGUCAGCAUACCAUAUCUGCAAAUUCGUUCAAUAAAGAUUAGAGAUUCAAAAUUUGGUUUGGCUCUUGUCAUAGAAAGCUCUCAGCAGAGUGGAGGAUAUGUUCUUGGCUUUAAAAUAGACCCUGUGGAAAAACUACAGGAAUCAGUUAAGGAGAUCAACUCACUUCACAAAGUCUAUUCUGCUAGUCCGAUAUUUGGAGUGAAUUAUGAAAUGGAAGAAAAGCCACAGUCACUUGAAGCUCUGACAGUUGAACAAGUUCAAGAUGAUGUGGAAAUAGAUUCUGAUGAUCACACGGAUGCUUUUGUGGCUUAUUUUGCUGAUGGAAAUAAGCAACAAGACCGGGAACCUGUAUUUUCAGAAGAACUGGGGCUUGCAAUAGAGAAACUGAAGGAUGGAUUCACACUACAGGGACUUUGGGAAGUAAUGAGUUGA